AUGCGCUUCACACGCGGGUGUUACUUGCGGGUGUCCAGAGUGCGGCGUCAAGUGGCGGCGGGGCUAUCAACCACCACGAGGCUUAACCCGGCCCCCGAUCAUUACGUGGCAUGGGGCAAAGCCAUCCUAACCGAGAAUUACAGACGCGUGGGGCCGGAGCACAUGUUCCGCACCGCCAUUCGUGCCCAGCAGCAAUUGCAGGGCCUUGCCGAUAAGUGGACGCCUGACGCAAAGGUGUACUGCUGCGGCUCCAUGGUAACCUACGGACAGAUGGAGUGGGGGAGCGAUCUCGAUCUUGCCUGCAUGUUUGAUGACCCCUAUCCCUCGCACGAGGUCCAGGCAAAGCGAACCGACAAACUCUGGACGGUGAUAAAGCGCUACGUCCCACACUACCUGCGAAAUAACCUCCUUGGGCUCACAGAGGCGCGUACGCCUGUGGUGAAGCUCCGGUUUGCCAACGACGACAAGGUCGCCCGGGCGCGGUACACGCCACUGAGUGAGGAGGAAGAUCGUAAGGCCCGCACCGCGCUGCUUGAUGUGCGAAAUCAAUGCGUUGACGAGCGUGAGGUGGAGUACAUUGCUGAUAAAAUGGGGCGAGAGAAUGUCGAGGGGAUUUGGGUGGACCGCACUACGUACGGCUGUCGCAUUGCUAUUCAGUGCUCCUCAAAAGAGCAGAUGAUUGAGGCGAUUGGUUUUUUUCCUGACGGUAAAAUCAUGACGCGAGGCAUGCGUGAGGACUACACACGUGACGUGCUUGACCCGCGGUUUGUGCCAGAGAUGUUUAUGUACCGCUGGGACAUUUCCUUUGUGGGCUACGGCGUCAAAAACAGCUAUCUGAUUCGUCACUAUUUACAUAACGGCCCCAGUGCGACGCGGCAUGCGGCGAUGGCCGUGAAGGCGUGGGGCAAAGCCACAAACGUGGGCGCAGGCUCCGCCGCGAUGCUCACCUCCUACGCGGUGACCAUCAUGUUUUUGUAUUACCUGCUCGUGACGCGGCAAGUGCGGUGGGUUGAGCCGUGGUCGCUGCCGCACCCCGCGCAUCUUCCCCGCUACCCCGACUUCUCGCCUCUGCCGGAGUGCGACCCGACGGAGCUUGGGCGCCUGCUUCACGGCUUCUUCAUUUUCUACGCCCAUCACUUUGACUACGAGAGGGAGGUCGUCAGCCUCAACCGCAACCGGCGCAGUCAACGCUCCGACGUUGGGUGGAUUUUCCCGCAGAACAAGAAGGGCACGUUUAGUUACAACUUCUGCAUCGAGGACCCCUACGAGGAUGUGGGGACGGGUGGGCUCAACUUGGGUCGCCACCUCCACCCCGCAAAGUUUCAACUCGUAAAGCAGGAAUUCCUGCGAGCAGCGCAGUGCAUGGAACGCUUUUCCCCACUGACGGCGCCUGAGAAGUCUGUUCUCGGCGUUCGCCGCGCGGAGCUGCGCCACUUUGAUAAGGACAGAGACAGGGAUAGGUGA